AUGUUUUUGAAAACAUUGCCUUUAAUUUUUAGUAUUUUUGGGGCUCAGGUUCAGGCUUAUACUUCUGUAAGUUCUCUGUUUUUUUCCAGAAAAAUAGAGAAGUUUUCAGAAUCACACCGGCAUAAUCUCUGAAAAAUGUUUUUCGGAUCUCACAAAAUGGCGAACAAGUUAUACCGAAUUAUCAGCCGAGCUUCUGGAAUGUUCGAAGCUGGCGAAUCCAGAAACAUGUGAUAUUUUCAAAAAACAACUUUUUCAUGACAAUGUCUAUGCGAUUUAUCGUAAGUUCUUCGGAUUUUGAAGGAAUUAUUCUAGUGAAGAUUUAUUUUAGAAUUCGAUUCAUUCGGAAAAAUCCCUUCAAAUCUCCUGAAUUUCAACAAAAUCUGGAUGGGCGACUACGACGAAUGUUUGGAAGUGCAAAACCCCACAGAUUCCGCCUACUCAACUCAAUUCUGUUGGGCACAUCUAAAUCUUCCAGUUGGAAAACUGCUCGCCAGGGGUGAAAGUUCAAUGAGUAUGUUAUCGAAUACUUGUGGAAAACAUAAACCAGCUGAUGUGAAAUCGAGUAUUUGUAUGCCGAAAUCGUGUUCGGAGAUGGAUAUUCAACAUUAUUUGAAUGAUUUUCAUCAUCCUUUUGGGUUUAAUCAGACGCCGGUUUGUGAGGUUACUUGUAGGUGAGUCAACAACGACGCUCCACGUUUACGCUCUCAAAAUAUUAGUUUUUCGAUCUAAACCCCCGCCACUAUUUACAACACUCCGCAUUUCCACCCAAUUAUUUCCAGACCCACCGAACAUCCAGCCGAUCCAUUAUUCUGGUUAAUGACCGCAAUUCUAGUAAUCAUAUCAAGUCUUUGCAUUUUCUCAACAAUCGCCGAUCACUACGAAAAUCCCUCCACUUCAAAAUCAUCUCAAAGCAACGCUCUCAAAUAUUUUUUUGCAUUUUCUUUUCUCUCAAAUGGCCGUCAACUUUUGCAUAUUUCAAAGAAUCCAAACACUUUAAAAGGUGUCGAAUGUAUUCGUUUCCUUUCUUUCACUUGGGUUGUUGCUGGACACACUUGGGGCUAUUGGGAAAUGGCGGAUAAUCCGAAAAAAGUUGUUGAGAUCUUCAAAACUCGUGAAUAUGAGGUCUGGAUCAAUGCUUUCCUAUCAGUCGACACAUUUUUCUUCCUUUCCGGUUUGAUGUUAGCAUAUUCUUUCCUUCCAAAACUAAGUAUGCGAAAGGCAAUGUCGCCUAUGACGUGGAUUGUCUUCUACAUUCAUCGGAUACUUCGUCUAACUCCAGCCUAUGCUUUUUAUAUUUUAUUUUAUACAACUUAUGGGCCAUUGACAGAUGUAGGACCACAUGAAUUAGUAAGAUCGGAGGAUAUGCAGAAUUGCCGGAAAUAUUUUUGGAAGAAUUUGUUGUAUGUGAAUAAUGUGAUUGAGCCGAGGAAAGCGGUGGGUUUUUUUGACGAUUUUCAACGAUGCUCCGCUUUGACAGUGUUAGAGCGGAGUAUCGUUUUAAACAAAAUCGAUGUUUCAAGAACUAAGAACCUUCACACCUCUAAACAACACUCCACAAUUCCAGUGCCUUUCAAUCUCCUGGUAUCUUGCCUGUGAUACCCAAAUGUAUUUGGUUGCUCCAAUUUUCCUCGUCGCCUUUUUGAUUGGUCCAACAAUUGGAAUUCUCACCUCAUUUUUGGCACUUUUCGCAUCAACUGCUCUGACUUAUUUCUUGUUUUUGAGAUAUGAUCUGCCAGCCACGUUACUUCAGGCAUUGUGAGUUUUUUGGGCUGAAAUUUUGAACUUGACUUGAAUUUUUUUUGAAAAAACUUCUGAAUCAGCGGAAUUUUUUGCAGCAUGUCAUCUGAUAUCAAAAUCAUCCAUCUGAUUCAAGAUUUGGUUUAUUCAGCAUCUUAUAUUCGAAUUCCUCCGUUUUUGUUUGGAAUGGUUAUGGGAUAUGUUUUGUGGAAAACUAGAGAUCGAAAAAUUGAUAUCAAUAUUGUGAGUUUCGAAUUUUCCAUUUUGGAGGUUAAUCUGAGCAAUGCUCGAAAAAAUCAAUUUUUUCCAGCUUAGGUUAAGAUGAGCAAUGUUCCUGAGAACUUAAAAUUGCUCAUAUUAGGUUAAAAUUCUGGAACAUUGCAUUUUUUUGAAGUUGACAUGAGCAAUCCUCAAUUCUCCAGAAAAAAACAUAUUUUCAAGAUUGAAUUUUUUGCUGAAAUUGCGAAUUUUACUGAAAAAUGACUCAUUUUGAUCAAGAAUUACAAAUUUUCACUCAAAAAUCGAUUUUUCUGCUCAAAAUUUAACACAAUUUCAGGGCGUCACAUUUUUCAUGUGGAUGUUGGCCAAAAUCUUGGCAAUCGGCGCAAUUUUCUCAAUAUAUUCCUAUAAUAAAGGUGAAAAAUGGACAUCAAUGGAACGUGCCACGUAUUAUGCAUUCAGUCGAAUCGCUUGGAGUUUUAGCCUAAGUUGGCUGAUUUUUGCGAUUAAUCGCGGACAUUCUGGUAAGAGUUUGAAGGGUUUUGGGAUAAAAAUCGAUAGUUUUCAUAGAAAAUUUUGAAUUCCCCGUGAAAUUUGUGAUUUUUCCACCAAAAAAUUUCAAAAUGCGUUUUUUUCCAGGUUUGAUUGGUCGAUUCAUGGGCCUCAAAUUUUGGACUCCCCUUGGAAAACUCACAUUUUGCGCCUAUCUUUGUCAUAUGAUGAUUUUGGGAGCGUAUUUUAAUUGGGACAGAGCUCCGCCACAUUUUAAUGGUGCUUUUUAUACGGUAAGUAAAUGGAAGAGGAAACUGGAGAGUACUGUACCUUUAAAAUUAGAAUUAAUUAGUUCGAGAUACUGUAGAGUACUGUGCCUUUAAAAUUUUAAAAAAAUGUGUGAAAAAAUUUUCAAUCAUUUAUUUUUUCCCCGCCAAAACUACGUUUCAAAAUGUUUUCAAAUAAUUUCAUAUAUUUUAGUUGAAUCUGAUUAACAUUCUUUUCCAAUUUUUCAAAAUAUUUCGGAACUACAGUACUCCUACAGUACCCAAGCCAGAAGGGUACUGUUUGUUUUGGAUUCAAAAUUCAAAACGAAAAUUUUAGUUUUUCUUCAAACUUAAUGAACACAGUACUUUUAGUUUUUUUUUUUCAUUCUAAAUUUUUAAAGUACAUUACCCCCACUCUCCUGUAGUAAUGUACCUUUAAAAUCCAUUUCCCUCAUCUACAGUACUUCUCAAUAAUUGUGCCGUGCGUUUUUGGCUCAAUAUUAUUUGCCACGUGUUGGACAUUGCUCUUCGAAAUGCCAUUCGCCAAGCUGGAAGGAUAUUUUAUGCAAUUUUUGAUGGGUGGAUCUGGAGCCAGAAAAUCAUCGAUUGAAAAAACUGAGAUUACCAAGAUUUGA